AUGGCACUUCAAGCCCCAGUCUCAGCCUCGCACCCGCUUGACCCAUUGCACGCCGGGGAGGUCAAGGCCGCUUCACAGCUGCUACUGCGACACUUGGGCUGCAAGUCGAAUGAAAUUCGAUUCAAGGUCGUUGACCUUGCCGAGCCUCCAAAGGCCUUGACUCUUCCCUAUCUCCACCACGGCGGCCCCGCACCUGACCGCAAAUGCCGGGUUUACUACCAUCGCUUGAAGAGUCCGAUCCUCUCCAUCGCUAUCGUCAAUGUUACACAAGGAAAGGUGGAGCAGAGCUAUGACGCACCAGACUCACAAGGCCCUGUGGACUGGGUCGAAUAUGAUCUGGUCCAUAAAGCCUGCUUAUCACACCCUGAAGUUCUCGCUGAAGUCGCGAAGCUGAAACUACCCCCCAAUGCGAGAAUCGAAAAUGACCCUUGGAGCUUUGGCACGGAUAAUCACCACGAGCGACGUCGCCUCUUCCAGUGCUAUAUGUACCUUGCUCUCAACGAUGAUCCACAGGCAAACCAUUACUCGAUUCCCCUACCCCUCGCUCCCAUCUUUGACGCAGAUACUUACGAACUCGUUGAUUUGCAACGCCUACCCACCGGGGCAACCGAUGAACUUGACUCAGAGACACAGCCUUGGGACCCGGUCAGUGCAGUGGAAUACAGCUCCGACCUGCUAGGCCCCAACGCUUUCCGGAAGGACUUGAAGCCAUUGCAAGUGCUCCAGCCUCAGGGACCCUCGUUCAGCGUUCAGGGGCGUCACAUCGAAUGGCAGAAGUGGUCUUUCCAGCUCGGUUGGAAUAUGCGCGAAGGACCCGUGCUCCACGAUGUUCGGUAUGAGGGACGGUCUCUCUUCUAUCGAGUCUCAAUGAGCGAAAUGACAGUCCCUUACGGAGAUCCCCGCUCGCCCUACCACCGCAAACAGGCCUUUGAUCUUGGUGAUUCUGGCUUCGGUUUAACUUCCAACUCUUUGAGCCUGGGAUGCGACUGCCUCGGUCACAUUGCUUAUUUCAAUGGGAUCAGAGUGACGAGUGGUGGCGAGCCCGUCAUCAUGCCAAACGUUGUAUGCAUGCACGAGGUAGAUGACGGGAUCGGAUGGAAACAUACCAACUUCCGGAAUGGUAAGUCGUCCGUCGUGCGAGACCGCCAGCUUGUCAUCCAGUGCACUGCCACAGUAGCGAACUACGAGUACAUCCUCGCUUUUGUACUUGAUCAGGCUGCCAACUUGCACGUUGAUGUUCGCGCGACUGGCAUUGUCUCCACAAUGCCUAUCCGCAAGGGCGUCCAGGUCCCAUGGGGUACAGUCGUGGCUCCAGGUGUUCUCGCCGUGAACCAUCAGCAUCUAUUCUGUCUGCGGGUUGAUCCGUCACUUGACGGACCAAAGAACACCAUUGUUUACGAUGACUGCGUACCCGUGGAACACGAGCCCCAGCUCAAUCCAUCCGGUUGCGCCUUCAAGAUUCAAACAACAGCGAUUGAAAAGCCUGGUGGAUACGAUCUUGACCUCAACAAGGGUCGCGUGUUCAAAAUUCUGAAUGAAACGAAGAUCAACUCUAUCGCCGGCAAGCCCAUCGGCUACAAACUCCAUCCUGUGCCUAGUCAGAUGUUGAUGGCGGGGCCUGACACCUUCAAUUACCAACGCGGUGUGUUUGGCACGAAACCCAUCUGGGUCACGAAGUAUCGCGACGAUGAGCUGUGGGCCUCCGGAGAGUUCACGAACCAGAGUCGGGAGGAUACCGGAAUAGCCAAAUGGGCUGUGCGAGACGAAUCUGUCAAAAAUGAAGACGUUGUUCUCUGGCAUAGCUUCGGUACAACGCAUGUGACAAGAACAGAAGAUUUCCCCGUCAUGCCGAAGGAGAGAAUGAUGGUUUCUCUGAAGCCUGUCAACUUUUUCAACCUCAACCCCUCGAACGACGUGCCCCGAUCUUCCCAGAACGACAACAAAUCCACCCUGCAUCAGAAUGACUCAAUUUGUUGCUCUACAAAGCCCUCUCGGAUGUGA